GCACAGAUUGACUAAAGGGAUUAUGAAGCGCCAGCUUAGAAAAUUCUUCCACAUCGGUCAAAGGAAAUAAAUGUUUUACUGCAGGGGAAUACAAGCUCAGGAUAUCAGCACAUCAGUAACCACAGACUAUCUAAAAGAAAAUAGUGCCUUUUGGUGAACAGCGUUUUGUGGGACAACUUUGGCAACAAAUGUAUUCAAGAAAUGAAUUCUCAAGCUGUCAUAUUGUUGCUGCCAGUUGCCAGUUGGAAAGUAAGAAAUACAGAAGGCAAAUAAGGAGGUGAUGAAAACAAGAGGAUCCUUUGGGGAUGUCACAUGGAUGUAAACAAGGUCCUUAAUGACUGCCUAAUGCUUGAGAAAACUAGCUUUAUGGAUGGAUUAAAGAGGAUAUUCUGAAACAUCGCCCUGAAUCAUUUCAGAAACAGAUUCUUUUUUAAAUAACAUAGUAUUUAGAGAUCGCAUUAACUACUCCUUCUUCCAGUCAUAGCUAAGUAAUUUAUUUACAUUUUGUAUGAAAGGUAAUCGGUCAUACGAGAUUAGGAUUUUGGUGCCUUUUCCUUGUUGUGGUGGAUUUUAAGCAGGUGCUUCAAUGGUGCUGAUCACAGAGGACCCAGGUGGCGGUGGAGGAACUUUGUUAAAGGUCCAACAGAAUGGGAUGGACAGAGGUCAGGCCAGAACCAUCAGAAGUUCUGGAGAUGAAGACUCAUCUAUGUUGUCGGAGGCGGUCGCGGACGGCGAAACAGACGAUCCUAACGAGGCGGACGGCGAGGACAACAACUAUUAUGAAGACGACGAUGAUGAUGUCUAUCAGGAAUUCGAAGAGUUUGACUUUGACACAUUACCAAACCUCCCGGAGGACACCAGCAGUAUGGCCUCGGACGACUCCUUCUACCCUCCGGAUGAUUCUCUCAAAUACAACACACCCAGUCCAGACACGCCGGAAGCUCUGUCCUUCUUCAAGGCCUGCUGUAACAACAACUCCAUCAUAGUAAAGAUUAUGAUACGACAAGGGGUGACAGAGGAUGAAGUGAGAGAAACAGACAAGAACAACAGAAGCGGGCUGAUCGUAGCCUGUUACAUGGGCUGGGUGGAUGUGGUCAUGGCUCUCUCUCAGUGCCCGCACAUCGACGUCAACUGGCAGGACAAUGAGGGAAACACGGCACUAAUGACAGCAGCUCAAGCAGGGCACAUAAUGAUAUCCAGCUACUUGGUCAACUACUUCUCGAACCUGGACCUAGAACGCAGGAACUGCCACGGUUUCACGGCUUUAAUGAAGGCUGCCAUGCAAGGACGGGCAGAUGUGGUUCGGAUGCUCAUGUUGUCAGGAGCGGACGUGGAGGCCAGGGACUACGGCCGCAAGAUGACCUCCAGGGAGUGGGCGCUGUUCACCGGCCGCUACGAGACGGCCUGCCUGAUGAUGCGUCUCAUGGCCCAGCCGUGUGCCGAGCAGUUCUGCGACUCCUACAAGCCGGAGUGGCCGAUGCUGGAGGAGCUGGUGGCCCGGCGCCAGGAGCCCAAGCCCUGCUGGCGGAGGGUGGUGGACAAGACCUGCUGCUCGUUCUCCUUCCGCCUGAAGACUGACCCCGUGGACGACGGCGUGAUGGAUCACAUGGUGCGCAUGACCACCGCCCUGUCCAGCCCGCUGAUCGCCACCGCCUGUCGCACGGUGUGCCCGGGGAGCCCGCCCUGCGUCGGGAAGCGGCGCUACGCCGUGUCGGAGAUCCUGAGGAAGCAGCGCGUGGAGGAGCUCAAGCGCCUGGGUCCGGAACGCCUCAGCAACUACAAGAGGCUGUUCAAUAACUCCAGGGUGCAGUUGGUCCCCAAAACGAGGGAGCGGAGGGCCAGCCUACAGCCACAAAUGCUGCAGCUGGCGGGCACCGCUGUCCUGAGGCGCGCCAGCCUGCUGCCCCUGAACAUGAUGAGGAGGAGCAGCGUUAGGCCAGGCAUUGUGGUCCCCAAGGUCAGGCUGUGCAAGGCCCCACCUGGGCCCGCCCCCGAGAGGAAGAGGAGGAUCAAGGACCCUGAUUUUCUCCAGCCCCCAAAGUGGAGGUACAAAGAGGCCAAGGAGGAAAGGAGGAGGCAGGAGGAGGAGGAGAAGCAAAGACGUCUGCUGACGUUGAGGAGGAGGUGAAGAGCUUUGACGGGGGAGGCCAUUCUCAGGAGCUUCCAGGUUGCUGGGGUGUUGAUAGGCUGUGUUCAGUCUGUGUCACUGAGGUAAUGACUAAUGCAGCGUUUACUGUAAAUGAACUACAUUGGAACAUUGCCUUGACAUUUAAGUCACGCUGUAAAUAGGAGAUUCCACUGUAAAGAUUGAAUAGCCCAAAGUUACAAAGUUGUCACUAGCAAUUGAGAUUUUAAGGGCUGUGCCAUUGGAUUUUAUUGUAACCAUGGAGCAGCAUGUUUUCCUGUCCCAUAUUCGGGACUCUUUUCCCGGCUUUAAUCGUGAUUGGGUAGAUACACUUGUUGCUGAGGAAUUAAUACUUGAACUUUGAUACAGAUGUAUUUUUGUAUCAGUCUUUUUGUCAGAUUAUGGAUUUCUCCAUCUCUGUUUGAUAUACCUCUGUUGUCGAAAGGAUUACUCAAGAACAUGCAAUAUAACCUUUGCACACUGUGUGUUGUGUCAAAGCUUCGGUCUGAGACCUUUUCAUUCCUAAUGAAACACUGAAAGCUCCAUAUUUACGUUCGUCUGGAUAUCCUCAAAGCAGCCAGUUCACCAACCGUUUGGAUGUUUCCUUACUGUUAAUAAAGGUUAACACACGUA